GUAUAAAAUUCAUUUUUUCCCCCUAAGUUCCUACUCAAUAAAAUCCUUAAGAAAACAGCUAAUUGGACUAACUUCUAGAGUAUGAAGAAAAAAUUAUUUAGUACUUUUGGAUCAUUAUUAAUAUUUUAAUGCAUCUAAUCAAAUUUGCAUUAUAUAUAUUUUGGAUUUAGAAUUAAAUUAAUCGAUACAGCCAAUCAUUAAAUUCAUAUCCCAGCACCCCUACUUAUAAAUAAUUAUAAAAUAUGUGUGUAGUGCAGAUGUAACCAUAGCAACCAUUUGACAUAAUGUAUUGACUGUUUUACAUGAUUAAACUUUAAAGGGAUGAUAACAAUACACUCAGAAGUCAGCUGCAGCCAGCUAGCUAAAGUUGUAGAUAGACUAUUUUGUUACGGAAUUACAGCUAUGGUGACUAUCGACAAAUUCUGGAAAUUUUUAAGGACUGUUAGAAAAAAGAGCUGUACAGAGUUAAUAUUGUGUUUAUUUCUGUUGGUUUUAAUACCUGCAUACUAUUUAGUAGACGUUUUUCACAUAUUACCAUGUAUGUAUAGGCUACCGUCAGGGUCAAUUUGGUAUUUAACACACGUACUGCCUCUAACGUUUAUGGUUUUCAACCUGCUGACAAAUUUUGUAGCCGUGAUGUACGCAGAUUCAUCAGUAAUCGGCCGAUUGCUUACUGUGACUGAGUACACAUCAAAAGAAGAUACUAUGUACUGUACUAUUUGCCAAUGCCAUGUUCCUCUAAGGUGUUGGCACUGUGACAUAUGCAAUGUCUGCAUAUUGACUAGAGAUCAUCACUGCACUUUCAGCACGACAUGUGUUGGCCAUUAUAACAGACGAUACUUCUUAUGGUUUUUGCUGUAUUUAUCUGCAGCCAGUUUUUAUGAGAUAAUCUUGAUUGGUUAUUAUACAUAUUGCAGGGUGACAAUUAAAUUUUCUGACUUGAUGGUUUUAGUGCCAUUUCAAUCGGUGAUAACUGGCUUUCAUUUAACAGUGGGUCAAAUUUUUGUAGUUUUACUUACAUUAAAUCUUAUAGCCGUGACAAUGUCAUCAUUGUUGUUAAUUUAUCACCUUGAUAAGGUACGCAAAGGUCUCGUAUGCCAUGAAAAACAAGAUAGUAACUAUGAUUUUGGCCUAAUGCGAAAUCUGGAAACUGUCUUUGGGGAAAAAUGGUAUAUAACAUGGAUUUCCCCAUUCAUUAAAUCAAAAUUACCUAACAAUGGAAUUGAUUGGCAAAGCCAUGUUGAUCAAUAUAAAACAAAAUAGAUCAAUUUUUAUUGAUAUAACUAUGAGAUACCUAAUAAUAUAAAAAAUUUAAACCAUCUGUGAUAUACAAGUCCAGGCUAUAGUACAGUUGUAAGUUUUAAUUUUGUAAAACAUUUUUUUUUUUUUUUAAUUUAAGUUUUUAGUUUUAGUUUUUCAUAUUAUGUAUGCUUCAACUUAUGUCUGCACUAUUCAUAAUUAUACAAAUGUUAAAAAUUGAACAAAUAUAUUUAUUGUAUGUUUAACUGCAAAUAUCUUGUUUAAUCAAAUUAUUUUCAUUUAGUUACUCUUAAGCUAUCAUUAACCACAAUGUUAAAAAAAUCAUUCGGUCAUAGCAUGAAAAAUAAUUAUUAUCUAAUGUAUAAUGAGGAUAAUUAAAGGAAAAGGGUUUUGGAAAAGUGUAAGUGAAAAAAAAUACACCUCAACGUAUGCGUCAACAAUAUUGAUAUACUUUACUGUGUACAAAAACUCCUGUUAUGGAUUAAAAUCAUUAAAACAAUGAUGUACAAAUAUCACUAAGUUUCAAUUAUGAACUAUUUGACCAGAAUAUAUAGAUGCGUUAUUUGUCUGUACAUAAAUUAGGUAACAUUUUAAUAAUAAUUUUCAAAUAAACUAAAAAAUUAAAAAAUAAAUAAUAAUAUUACACAAAAUCUUUGGUAUA